AAUGGGGACCCAGACGCUGUGGGGCGAUUCGGGCAGCAAUAGGGGCACGCUGCACGUCCUGCUGUCUGUAGGGCCGCCAGGAUGAGCACGGCUGCCAGCCCUGAGCCCCCCCCAUCCCCCCGACCCCGAUACUUCGAACGCUUCCCCGAAGACGACCCCGAAUACCUGCGGGAGCGUAACAUGGCAGCCGACCUGAGGCAGGACUUCAACAUGAUGGAGCAGAAGAAGAGGGUCACCAUGAUCCUACAGAGCCCGAUCAGGAAUCUCAACAGCGGAUUCUCAGCCCUGAAGGCUUUGGUUCCUUUGAUGCCCCAGGACCGCAAACCCAGCAAAGCCGACACCCUGCGGGCAGCUGCCGAAUACAUCCGCCUGCUGCGGGCUGUGCUGCGGGACGCGGGGGGGCUGCAGGCUGUGGUGUUGUUGUGCCACGCUGUGGUGUUGUUGUGCCACGCUGUGGUGUUGUUGUGCCACGCUGUGGUGUUGUUGUGUUACCCCAGUGCCACGUUGCUCUGUGCCACGUUGCUCUGUGCCACGUUGUGCCAACGCUGUACCGUCUUGUGUCAAGUUGUGCCACAGUCUUGUGCAACACUGCACCAUGCCACACUGUGCCGUAUUGUGCCAAGCUGUGCCGUGUCCUGCUGUGCCAGCCUGUUGUUCUAUGCCACGUUCUGCCUUGCUGUGUUGCAUUGUGCCACGUUGCGCCAAGUCGUGCCGUGCCAUGCUGUCAUGUCGUGCCGUGCCAUGCUGUCAUGUCGUGCCGUGCCAUGCUGUCAUGUCGUGCCGUGCCAUGCUGUCAUGUCGUGCCGUGCCAUGCUGUCAUGUCGUGCCGUGCCAUGCCACGUGAUGCCAGACCAUGCCGUGCCACAGGUGUCAGCCAUGCGCUGCGGUGUGCUGCCCAUCUCCCGUGCUGCGCUGCUGCUGGGGGACAUCGCCUACUUCGACUUCCGUGGUGAGGUGGAGGACGAAGCCGACCGGGUUGAGCUGCAGAAGUGCCUCGGCCCCACCUGCAAGAUCCUGGUGCUGCGCAACCACGGGGUGCUGGCGCUGGGUGACACGGCCGAGGAGGCUUUCUACAGCAUCUUCCACCUGCAGGCAGCCUGCGAGGUGCAGGUGUCGGCGCUGGCGAGUGCAGGUGGUGCAGAGAACCUCAUCGUGCUGGAACGUGCCAAGCACCGUCCCCACGAGGUGGGUUCCGUGCGCUGGGCUGGCAGCACCUUCGGCCCCAUGCAGAAGAGCCGGUUGGGCGAGCACGAAUUUGAAGCCCUGAUGAGGAUGCUGGACAACCUGGGCUACCGCACCGGCUACACCUAUCGCUACCCCUUCGUGCAAGAGAAAAGCAAACCCAAAAGCGAUGUGCUCAUCCCUGCCACGGUGACAGCCUUCGUCUUCGAGGAGGAGGCCAUGCCCACGCCUGCGCUGCGGCAGCACGCACAGAAGCAGCAGAAGGAGAAGACGCGGUGGCUCAACACACCCAACACGUACCUGCGGGUCGAGGAGCAGCAGGGAGGCCAGAAGACCAAGACGACCUGGCUGAAGGCUGACGAGGUGGAGAAGGGCAGCAGUGGUACAGCCAUCCGCAUUGAGAACCCCAACCAGUUUGUGCCCCUCUACACCGACCCUCAGGAGGUGCUGGAGAUGAGGAACAAGAUCCGUGAGCAGAACCGCCAGGACGUGAAGUCUGCAGGGCCGCAGUCCCAGCUGCUGGCCAGUGUGAUCGCCGAGACGAGCCGCAGCCCCUCCACAGAAAGCCAUUUGGGGGAUGCUGAGACCAAAAACCCAUCCCAAGAGGAGGCCCCCGCUGAGCCGGAGCCCCCGAACCCCUUCAGCCAGCUCACGGACCAGGAGCUGGAGGAGUACAAGCGGGAGGUGGAGAGGAAGAAGCUGGGGCUGCACGGAGACAAGGAGGAAGAGGAGACCCAGGCAUCCCCCCCAAAAUCACCACCGGGGUCCCCAAAAUCCCCCAAUAAAAGUGCAGCCCUGGAGGGUCCGGAGGGUGACAAGAAGGUGGAGGAUGGCCAAGCUCCGGCCGAUUCCUCCGCCGAAAAGGAGCCGCCUGCGGUGGUCAAUGGGAAGGAUGAGGAGCAGAGCACCGAGGAGAGCAAAGGGGGGGACCAGACAAGCACCCCGGCCAACCCAGAGCAGGAUGUCCCCAAGGAGAAGACCGAGACGGUGACCAGCACCCCCGUCUCCCCCGAAGGCUCACCCUCCAAAUCACCCUCCAAGAAGAAGAAGAAAUUCCGGACCCCGUCCUUCCUGAAAAAGGGCAAAAAGAAGGAAAAGAUCGAAUCUUGAGCCUCCCUCCCCGUGGCUUUGGCCGAGCGUCUUUCCAGACGGAUGUGUCUGCGCCGUGCGUCUGGCCGUGGCGCAGCCAAAAACCCUGGAGGUGAACAAUCCGGGAGCCCCCGGCACGAGGCACCAAGUCCCCCCCGUCACCCGCUUCGGAGGUGGCCACCGAGCUCACCGAGAGAAUUUGGCCCCUGUCUGCUGCUUGGGGAAAUACCCACCGCCACGUCCCCGCUCCCACCAGCACUCCCCCGUCUCUCCCAGGCACCCACGUGGGCUAUGAGGUUUGUUUAUCCCACCCGCUGCUUGUAGAGCCCUCGUGCAACGCGGGGGCACAGCCCGGAUGCGCUUGGUUUCGAGAAAGAAAAGGGUGUGUUGUCGCUGUUUUUGGGUCUUUGAAGAAAACAUUUUGUUUCACGCUCUGCUGGAAUGGCGCUGGCUUCGCCCCUGGCAUCUCUUUGCCAGGGUGAUGGGAUGGAGCCCAACACCGGAGGAUUGCUCUCCCCGAAGGAGAGCACCUGGGACACUUUCCUUCUCGGAUUGCAAUCUUACCCCAGGGCUGUGAGCCACCUCCGUCCCCUUCUCCUGGUGCCACACUCACACGUUUGCUGCCUGGUGGAGAGCAGCAGGAUUUUUGCACCGCACCUGAGAACACAGAAGACAAAGAGCCUCGGGGCAGAAUCAUGUAAAACUGAGCAAACUUCACUCACUAAGUGCUACUUUGGGAUGAACACGUGCUGCCAAUUCACUUCAGUAGGAGGCACUGCCCUGGUCCCCCCACACCGUGUUGAUGAGUGCCUGCACACGUAAAGAGCACGAGAGCCCCGAGGCCGAACCGCUGCUUAGCCCAGCUCUGGAUUCCUGAGUACACACACAGAUCCUCCCCGGCCUUCCCCCAGCCUCACCUCCCCAUGCCCAGCCAUACAACCCAAAGGGAAGAAGAAAAAGCAGCUCUGCAGCCUGGAAAAGUCUGGUGGCUUUUUUGGGGUGGGGGUCAUUUAAGGUAGAAUGCAGGGCUGCUGCAGGCAGGAGAUGGAGAGGAGGAAAUGCCUAAGAUAGGGUUGGUUUUCUUUAUGGGGCUGCAGUUUGGGGUGUGCCAAGCAAAUUCUAAUGGGGAAAGUCAAAAAAUUGCAAAACCACAACCUCAGCAGGAACGUCCUCCCCCAGCAGUGGGGUUUUGCAGCCUGAGAGUCUUUGCUGUGCCCCCUGUGUCCUCGCUGGCAUUCUGCUAGAGGCUGCAGAAUGGAUUCUGUUGGAGGGGAACCUUACAGACUGCCUGGUUCCACACCCUGCCCUCAGCCCGUCCAUCUCCAGGAUGGGGCACUCCCAGCUCUGGGCAGCAUUGCCUCACUGCCCUCUGCGUAAAGAAUCUCCUGCUGCCUAAAUCUAACCUCAAUCUCCCAUCUUCUAGCUCGAAGCCAUUCCCCCUUGCCCUGCUGCCAUCAGAAAGUCGCUCUUUGUCCUGUUGAUGAGCUCCCUUUAAGCACUGGAGAGUUACAGAGAGGUUUCCCUUCGGCUGCCCUCAGCCUUUCUUCCCAGGGUUCACCCACAGCUCUCCUUUCAUUUUCCCUUGCUGCUUUUUCUCCUCUCCCGUGCCUCACCGUGGCCCUCAGCACCCCUGAGCCCACCACCCCACGGUGGGUUUUUGGCUCCCAUUUCCAGGGCUGUGGCUGGAAUGGAGUCAUCCCAGCCAAAGUGCCGGGCUGGGAGCAGAGGAUGAGGCAAAGAAAAGGCUUUGGGGCACCAUCACAGCACUGAAGGAUGCCUGAAGGCCCCGUGGCGGUUGGUGGCCGUGGGGUUGGGCUGCAGGUCGGUGCUGGGAGCACUGUGUAACGCCUGCCUGUACAUAAAUAAACCCCGUGUUCGGC